AUGGAUUCUCUCAGGAUACAUGCUUACAAGAGUCAUGCUAUCAAGAAGCACAAGAGGCAGAAGUUUGUGGGUACUGUUCUACUAUACUCCUUGUCAACAUUAGCUUGUACCUUAUUCUGUUCUAGUCCCUUAUGGUACCCUCCCUUUUGCGCUACUUUCAACGUCCUUUUCUUUUUCUCCCUCCCAAAUAUAUGUUCCUUCUUCUUCACUAGCAAGGUUUUGUUCGUUGUGGGCAACCUCAUUGUCAUCUUUCUCGUGGGACAAUCCAAGUUUUUUGCUACCAACUCUAAGGCUUCGAAUGCUAGCUAUAGUGAUAUUUGUUAUGAUAAGUACAAAUGCAAAACCUCCAAACCUCGAGCUUUAUCUCCACCACAGGCUAAAAAAGGGAGGGGAUUCCCUAAAUGCUUGUCCGAAUCACUCAGUGAGGAGAAAUGGUCGGAAACAAAACACAAUGAGGAUAUAGCAAGGUGUAGUAGAGGGGACGUAAGGAUAGUUCAUGAGAAACAAAAACAAGAGGACCUAGAGAAUGAUCAAGAAGUAAUUCUGCCUGCAGAAGAGUUGAACAAAUUGGCUGAUGAUUUUAUUGCUAGAAUCAACAGACAAAGAAGACUCGAAGCUGAAGUUUAUAUGAGUUAA